AUGUCUAGAGGCCCGCUGCCUUCUCAGCUUUGUCUCUUGUCAGACUUGCCGGCUCGACCACAGGGCGAUAAGGUCAGAUUUCUCGGGUGUGUAACUGCGUACUCGACGCAAUCAGCUGUGCUCACGCUAGAGCAUAGGUUCCCCAAAGGAUCCGAUAUCAGUACACGCAUCGGCGAGUGGGUAAAUGUGGUUGGCUAUCUCACGCCCGCUCCCCCGGGAACGCGGGCCAAAGGGACGACCCGUGAACCACGUAUAGCCGCCGUCCAGGCAAUCAUGCUCUGGCCCGCUGGCCCUCUCAACCUUCAGCGAUACGAAGCUUCCUUCGCAACAACUUGA